AUGUCUGUCAACGUCAAUCACAGUGUUUCAGACCAGUUCUACCGGUACAAGAUGCCCCAUCUGAUUGUCAAGGUUGAGGGCAAAGGAAAUGUAACGAGGACAAUUAUAAUCGACAUGGUUGGUGUUGCAAAGGCGCUUAAUUGGCCUCCAAUGUAUCCCACCAAAUGCUUUGGUUAUGAGCUGGGAGCACAGACCCAGUUUGAUGUAAAGAGUGACUGUUACAUUGUCAAUGGAUCUCGCGAGGUAAAUAAAGUGCAAGACAUGUUGGAUGGAGUCAUUAAAAAAUUUGUUCUCUGUCCUGAGUGUGAGACUGAAAGAGAUCUGCAUGUGAAUCCCAAGAAGCAAAUAGGUAAUUCUUGUAAAGCCUGUGGCUAUCAAGACAUGCUUGACACACAUCCUAAACUCUGCACGUUCAUUCUGAAAAACCCACUUGAGAAUAGUGACAGUGGUACAGGAAAGAAGGAAAAGGAAAAGAAAAAUAGAAAGGGCAAAGACAAGGAAAAUGGCUCUGUAUCAAGCAGUGAGACACCGCCUUCAACACCCCCAAAUGAAAUCAGUCUUCCCACACACACAGUGGAGGAGGAGGAAGUUGAAGCCCGGGGGAAAGAUAGAACUGAGGAAGCUCAGAGGUGCAGAAUGGAUGAAAGCAGUGACCAUGCAAAAGUUCUGACACACACUGAUGAUUUGGAAAGAACCGUAGAAGAGCGUGUGGAUAUCCUGUUUGAUUUUGUUAGGAAAAAGAAAGAAGAGGGCUUUAUUGACACACCUGACAAAGAAAUUGUUGCUGAAGCAGAAAGAGUAGAUGUAAACCAUGGCCCUCUUCUUCUGACUGAAGUUCUUUUUAAUGAGAAGAUUGGAGAACAAAUUAAGAAAUACAGGCACCAUUUCCUCCAAUUCUGUCACAAAGAAAGGUAUCUUCUUCAUGGUCUGGAGUGUGUGGUGGCGAUACAUCAAGCGCAGCUCCUCUCCAAGAUCCUGCAUAUCUUGAAAGAGAUGUACGAUGCAGACUUUUCGGAAGAGGAGGUCAUCAUCAGCUGGUUGGAAAAGGCCUCUAAGAAGGAUAUUUCAAAAGAACUUGCCAAAGAGAUUCGUGUCAAAGCGGAGCCAUUUAUAAAAUGGUUGAAAGACGAGAAAGAAUUCUCUGGUGGUGAAGAAGAUGAUGAAGAUGGGAACACUGAGAUGGUUUACCCGAAGACUGCUGGUGUACCAAAAGUUUAAACUGUGAAGUCCGACAAGGAUGAUGACAUUGACAUCGUUGCCAUUGAAAAGGAAGGAUGCGACCCAAGCUAA